GGGGCCCCCGCCAGCCCGUGGCCGCGCCGGGCAGUCGCCGCCGCCUAGUCCUGCUUCCCCGCUGAGGCGCCACGCUGCCGAGCAGCGGGUCCAGGCCUCCACCGCUCGCCCAGGGGCCUCCGGGGCCCUCCCGGGCUCAGCAUGCCCGGGGUGAAGCUGACCACCCAGGCCUACUGCAAGAUGGUGCUGCACGGCGCCAAGUACCCGCACUGCGCCGUCAACGGACUCCUGGUGGCCGAGAAGCAGAAGCCGCGCAAGGAGCACCUGCCGCUGGGCGGCCCGGGCGCCCACCACACCCUUUUCGUGGACUGUAUCCCCCUUUUCCACGGCACUCUGGCCCUCGCCCCCAUGCUGGAGGUGGCUCUCACCCUGAUUGAUUCAUGGUGCAAAGAUAAUAGCUAUGUGAUUGCUGGUUAUUAUCAAGCUAAUGAACGAGUGAAGGAUGCCAGUCCCAACCAGGUUGCAGAGAAGGUGGCCUCCAGAAUCGCCGAGGGCUUCAGCGACACGGCUCUCAUCAUGGUGGAUAACACCAAGUUUACGAUGGACUGUGUAGCACCUACGAUCCACGUUUACGAGCACCAUGAGAACAGGUGGCGGUGCAGGGACCCACACCAUGACUACUGCGAAGACUGGCCAGAGGCACAGAGGAUCUUGGCCUCACUCCUGGACAGCCGGUCCUACGAAACGCUCGUGGAUUUCGAUAACCACUUGGAUGACAUUCGGAAUGACUGGACAAAUCCUGAGAUCAAUAAGGCUGUUCUGCACCUAUGCUAGGCGGACACGCAGUGACCAGCCUGGGCAGCUCCACUGUGCUGAAGAAGAAACCUAUUUUUAAAUGUAAAUAGAAUAUCUUGUAGCCUGUGUGGAAAGCUGAGAGUUUUAUGAAAUGGCAUGUGCCUUGAGAAGGGGCAGGAUAGAGUGUUCCAUCAGCCGUCUCUUAACGCAGAGGCUCUAGAAGGGCACAGACCGUCCAGUACGACCGUCCCUGUGGAGUUUUUCCCGGUUGUAUGUUGGUAUAAUCUUCCACAUCAAAGCUAUUUCUGCUUGUCCAAGAUUGUUCCUAUUAAACAGUUUUAACUAACCUUUUAUAAUCUGGAGAGAAUACUUUUUCAGGCUUAUGAACGAUCUUUAACAACAACAAACAAAAGACCACAUCUUAUACUCCAA